CUAGAAAUGCAGUUGCCCGCCGAUUAUUGAACAGCAUGAAGAGCCACAUUUUUCCACUUCUGUUCCUUUUUGGAAUCAUUUCUGCAGUGCUAAUUGCUGGCCAUUCACACGAUUUUAUUGGAUUGCCGGACGAGUCAAGCUAUGAUUUACUGGAGGAAUCUGGCAGUGGAUACAACAGUGCCGAGGAGUUCAUGAAUGCGAUGGACGAUCUGGUGAGACGUUGGCAGGAGUACGAUGCAGCCGACGAAAACUCCACCGACUAUCCAAGAGUCAUACACGAUGAGACAACACAGGAUUCAAUCGAUAUUGUUACCAAGCCAGCUAGUUGAUUAUAAAUAGUUAAUGUUAAGUAUUAAUUCAUUCACGGCAGGUAAUAACAAGAUGUCUUUUCCUAUUGUAAUUUAUUAGGGAAACAUUUAAACAGUAUCAUAACCUUUAGGAGAACAAAUUUAGAAUAAAUUAUACUUUAAAAAACUUCUGCGCAUUGUACAAACUUAAAUUACAAAAAAAAAAAAAAAACUAAAAACCAGAAAGAAGGCUUUAAAUAAACAAAAUAAUGGAUAAAUUAAAGUUUGUUAUUUUAAUUAAAUAAAUAGUAACUUUAAGAUGUUGUUUAAAAUGUUACAUUUCUUUAAGUAACUUCUUAAAUUGCGUAUAAAAUCUCAAAUCUUUAAUACA